CCUUAACCGGAUAUGACGUACACGGGUGUCCUGCACCCUCGAAAAGACCUAAGAAGAGAUGACAAAGUUUUUACGCGAUGUUCAGAGUGAAAUUAAGCCGAAGAAGAGGGAGCAGGUGUUCUCGUCAGAAAAUUUGGAGAAAUGGGGGUUGACAGGGAUAAAACUCCGACCUUAUCAGUUGGAAGGUGUGAAUUGGCUUGCGCAGUGUUUCACAAAUCAGAAUGGCUGUAUCCUGGGAGAUGAAAUGGGGCUUGGAAAGACCUGUCAAACAAUUUCUCUGCUUGUAUAUAUAUCUGGAAAACUGGGUAAAAAUGGGCCUUUUCUCAUUCUGAGUCCACUAUCAGUAAUAAGCAACUGGACAGAGGAGUUGCAACGGUUUGCUCCAAAACUUUCAGUUGUAGUUUACACUGGAAACAAAGACACAAGAGAAAAGCUGCAAAGAGAUCUGAAAAACCAUCCUGAUUUCAAUAUAUUGCUGACUACAUAUGAACUUUGCCUUAAAGAUUGUCAUUUUCUUAACAGUUUCAACUGGAAACUUUUAGUUGUGGAUGAAGCACACAGGCUGAAGAACCAGAAUUCUUUAUUGCACAGGAGGCUAUCUGAGUUUUCAUUAGGGUUCAAAGUGCUGUUAACAGGGACACCUGUACAAAAUAACCUGCAAGAAAUCUACUCCCUUUUGAACUUUAUUGAACCACAACUGUUUCCGAGUGAUAGAGAAGAUGAUUUUGUAAAAGGAUACAAGGAUGUGGAGUCACAGAAAGAUAUAGCCCAUGAUCUCCACUCCCUUCUACAGCCAUUUCUUCUUCGCAGAGUGAAAGCGGAAGUUGCUGCUGAUUUACCAAAGAAGACUGAGCUGGUAAUAUACCAUGGCAUGUCUGCACUUCAGAAAAAGUACUACAAGGCAUUCCUCAUGAAAGAUCUUGAUGUUUUUGACCAUGAUGGAGGCAGCAAAGCCAGACUAUUAAAUAUUCUAAUUCAACUCAGGAAAUGUGUAAACCAUCCUUAUUUGUUUGACGGUGUUGAACCAGAGCCUUUUGAAAUGGGUGAGCAUUUGGUAGAAGCCAGUGGGAAGCUACAUCUACUGGACAAGAUAUUAGGUUUCUUGAAGGAUUGUGGACAUCGGGUUUUACUGUUUUCUCAAAUGACACGUAUGUUGGACAUCCUGCAGGACUAUAUGGAAUAUCGAGAUUACAGCUAUGAGCGCUUAGAUGGUUCGGUGAGGGGUGAGGAAAGGCACUUGGCCAUUAAGAACUUCAGCAGUAAGGAUGUUUUUGUGUUUCUUUUGAGCACCAAGGCAGGUGGAGUUGGCAUGAAUCUGACUGCUGCAGACACAGUGAUAUUUGUAGACAGUGACUUUAAUCCUCAGAAUGAUCUACAAGCUGCUGCUCGAGCACACAGGAUUGGUCAGAACAGGCCUGUAAAGAUAAUUCGCCUCAUUGGUAGAGAUACUGUGGAGGAAAUAGUGUACAGACGUGCUACAUCAAAGUUGAAGCUGACCAACACUGUCAUAGAAAGUGGACAGUUUUCUUUGCGGGAUUCAUCUCUUUCGGUGUUGGAGGAUGUGCAGUUAAGUGAGAUUUUAAAGUUUGGAGUGGAUAAGCUUUUGGCAACUGAAGAAAGCACCAUCCAGGAUGCAGACCUUGAAAUGAUCCUGGGCAAAAGCGAGAAAGGCAUGUGGGCUUCAGAUGUUUCCCCCACUGUCCCUGAAGCAGAAGGCUGUAAACCAGAAGACCAGACCCACAUGUAUUUGUAUGAAGGCAAGGAUUACUCAAAAGACCCAAGUCCACAGGACAGAAAAGCCUUUGAUCAACUAGUGGAGCUGAAACGGGCCCUUCUUGAUGCCACAGGGCAGGGAGGAAGAGCACUUCGCAACAAGUCCAGUAUUCUUCUUAGUGGAGAUGUAAAUGUCCAGACACGUCGCAAGAGAAUUCUUUCUCCAGAGGAGCUUGAAGAAAGGCGCAAAAAGCGUCAGGAAGCUGCAGCAAAAAGGGCAAAACUUUUGAAUGAAAAGAAAUUGAAGCAAGAGGAGGCAAAGCUGAAGAAAAAGCUUGCAUGGUGGGAAUCAUGUGGCUAUAUCUCCACAUGCUUGCAGUCAGAAGACAGUGAAGAAGAGUCAGUAGAUGAGGAGAGCAGUGAUGUCGAUCUGAGUCUGGGGUUAGAACUGGAUGAACCUGAUCUAAUGACCAUACACUACGUCAUGGGAGAUGUCACUCACCCCCAGGCCUCCAAAGAGGAUGCCAUAAUUGUGCACUGUGUUGAUGAUUCUGGACACUGGGGCCGUGGUGGUCUUUUCACAGCACUGGAGAUGCGCUCUGACCAACCUAGAAAGCACUAUGAACUGGCAGGAGAAAUGAAAGACCUUCGACUUGGAAGUGUGUUACUGUUUCCUAUUGAUGAGAAAGAGUGCCGUGAUACUGGACAGGAUCAGCUGGCGCUGAUCGUGGCUCAGCAGAGGGAUAAGGCGAACAAUCUGUCUGGAAUAAAGCUUUCUGCACUGGAGGAAGGACUGAAGAAGAUUGCUAAAGUGGCCAAGCGUAAAAAAGCAAGUGUUCAUCUCCCACGAAUUGGCCAUGCAACCAAAGGCUUUAACUGGUAUGGAACCGAAAGACUGAUCCGCAAGUACCUGGCUUUCCGAAAAAUCCUAACGUUUAUAUACUACUUUUCUCGCAAGUCUAAUACUUCUAUCACCCCAGCUCCCACACCCAGCAGCAAGUCUGAUAACACUGAUGGAUCUCAACAAGCAGGACCAUCAGCACAGAGCCUUCCUGAUUUCAUGUCUGGGAUCACGGUUUACUUUUAUAAUAUGCCUGCCACAGAGAGGAAGAGGCUGGCACGUUAUUUGAUCUCUUAUGAUGGUAAUGAAGAUGAUGUCUUGAGCUCAGAUAUUACCCACAUUGUGGCAGUGGCGGAAAGUGCACUGCAUACUGAGGAGCUGAGGUCUAUGGUCCGGGACUAUCCAGCAGCAGUAGUGGUUCAGCCAAAGUGGUUGGAGACAUGCUUUUCAGGACAGAAGAAAGUGUCAUCUGCUCCCUAUCAAGUAGCGCUAAGCUGAUGUGAACUGUCAAAUUUGGCAUUAUUGUUAUAAUGUUACAACCUUAAUUAAUCAAAUUCAGUAUAUAACUGUGGAGACAGCCACUGCUCUAGAUGACCCUAGUGCACUGGGGUUUUUACCUUCAGUUCAUACAAAACCAUAAGAAGGAGUCAGCAUCUGGCAGGUCUGUACUUGUGAUGUAUUAGCAAAGUGGAUGAUUGGGUGGUCAUUGCAUUGUAUGGUGAAGCACAAAGCUGUACUGUCAGUUCCAAUUACCAGCUCACUUGCUGAAAAUGAUUAAUUUACUUCAUGUUUUAGGGUUGAAAAUGGACAGUGCUCUUAUUUAAUCAUCAUUUAAAUAAACACAUGAUCAAUAAAUAUAACCAUUUCCUUAAAUGAUCAGGAGACCCACAUCUUACAGUUUAUUGUAAGGUGACAUCAAUUUGACCAUCUGAAUGCCCUCCACUGUUACCGUUCAUUUUAGAUGAUCAUGCAACCAGUGGAUUUGAGAGUGCUGAUGUGUGUCAUGCUACAUAUAUUUUUGAAGAAAAUACACUAAGAUACAAUUUAAUUUUAACAAGUAAACAUUUAAUCCAUUUAUGAACUCCCAUUUCCUAAUAAAGGGUUACAGGGGAUUGAAUCCUGUCCUGUUCAUAGUAUAUGUGGAGUUUGCAUGUUGUUUUCAUGUCUGUGCCUCUUUUCCCUGUUAAGAAGUGGCCUCAGUUGAGUGAGUGUACUGCACAUGGGUUAGCAAUCUACCCAUCCUAUUGUUGGUUUGGUUUGUUUUUUGGUGUGACCUCUGGCCCCAUCAUGAUUUUACCAGUGAGAAGUACUGGUGAAUCCAUUAAACUGUCUGAGGUGACUCCAUCCAAGGUGCGGACAGCACUUGUCAGGAAACUGCAGCUUCUGGCUGAGGACACAGUUCACGUACUGUGGUCAGUGUGAUAUCGUUUUAUUUUAUUUUUUAAUUUUAGACACUGAAGUGAGGUAAGAGGCCAGCAUUAUAUCAGGGUUCAUUCAGAUAACAGACUCGCCUUCCAGUUGGCCCACUGGGGGCUGCUACUUAGCAGGGCAUUUGGAUCUCACACAGCACUGUAUGGGAAACAGGCACAGAAGAAGGUGCUCACUCCACACACACACACUGAGGAACUUUGAUAACUGCAAUGCUAAAGGAAUACUGCGUGCAAAACUAUAUAUAUAUAUAUAUACACACACACACACACUAGCCAUGUGCGCCCAACUAUGUUGCGCGUGUUAAAG